AUGUCUGAGAGCCCAUCCACCGCUAUUGUGAUGCCACCACCGUACAUGGAUCCCGCCAAUUCCCAAAUGAAGAAGGAAUUCAGAAGAGUCCGACAGGAAUCUAUCAGACAGAUGAAGGUGUGCGAGCAUUGUGGAGCAUCUCCAAAUGCACAGCUCAGAAAUCUUCCGGCUGAACAAGUAUUCGUAUGGCCCGCCGCUCGUCCGGACAACUCGAUCCGACAGGACUCCCGGCAAUUCAUCGGAUAUGUUAUCAUUAUCGCACUUGUCAUUUUUGCAUUGUUCGCUGCUUGCAAGUACCUACCGUAA